AAGUAUGUAGCAUUCAUAUAGUCACAGCACGUUCACUACAAUUGCAAAGUCCAUUCCAUUCCGCUGCGAUCGCCAUUUCUUUUCUGAAACACACACACCGACACCAAUCACUCUCUUUGAUCCAUUCCGUUUACACGAUUAUGGCCAGUCACAACUACAAAGUCUUCAGCUGCUUCAACAGGAAGUUCACCGUCACCGAGCCGGGCCCACCGCCCGACGUAGAAAGAGCGUUUUCUGAAUUCGCCGCCGGCGCCUCCUCCCUGUCCGGCGAUCACAUCCUCCGGUUUCUGGCGGAGCACCAGGGCGAUGUGGACUGCACCGCAGCGGAUUCGGAGCGGAUCCUCCAGCAAUCGCGGAAAGAGGAUCGGGAAAGUGGAAUGGAUCUCCACGACUUCUUCCGUUUCCUGCUACAUGACGAUUUCAAUAGCCCCAUCAAAUCUCAGGAUCUCAUACAAUUUGCCCCAUGAUUUGUUUGGCUUAAUAGAAACAAAUAAGAGAAAGGUACAUCAUGAUAUGAAUGCUCCAUUGUCACAUUAUUUCAUAUAUACUGGGCACAAUUCCUAUCUUACUGGGAAUCAACUGAGCAGUGACUGCAGUGAUGUGCCAAUCAUAAAGGCUUUGCAAGGAGGUGUAAGAGUAAUUGAACUAGAUUUAUGGCCAAAUUCAGACAAAGAUGAUAUCGAAGUAGUUCAUGGAAGGACUCUUACGACUCCUGUCUCACUCAUCCAAUGUUUGAAGUCCAUAAAAGAGUAUGCUUUUGUUAAAUCUCACUACCCACUCAUUAUAACUUUAGAAGAUCACCUUACUCCAGAUCUUCAAGCUAAAGCUGCAGAGAUGGCAACUCAAGUAUUUGGAGAAUUGCUUUAUUAUCCUCAGACAGAUUCUCUGAUGGAAUUCCCCUCACCGGAAUCAUUGAAAGGUCGAAUUCUUAUAUCAACAAAACCACCAAAAGAAUUUCUUGAAUCCAAAGAAUGUGAUGACAAGGACAACGAAAAGGAAUCAGCCGACGAGGUUUUGUCAUUGCCAGACCAAACAAGUGAACGGGAAACUGAUGAUAAGAGUGCACCUGAGUACAAACGAUUGAUUACAAUCCAUGCUGGGAAACCAAAGGGUGAUAUUCAGGAUGAAUUAAAAGCUGCUGGUGCUGUUAGGCGCUUAAGCUUGAGUGAACAAGCACUUGAAAAGGCUUCUGAAUCUUAUGGAGCUGAUAUUGUUAGGUUUACGCAGAACAAUAUUCUCAGAGUAUAUCCAAAGGGAACACGUCUCAAUUCCUCAAAUUACAAGCCACACAUAGGGUGGACAUACGGAGCUCAGAUGGUUGCGUUCAACAUGCAGGGGUAUGGAAAAUCACUUCGGUACAUGCAAGGAAUGUUUAGAGCAAAUGGAGGGUGCGGUUAUGUGAAAAAGCCUGAAUUUCUAAUUGAAAAAGGUCCAUAUAAUGAGGUUUUUGAUCCUAAAAGAACAUUGCCCGUGAAGAAAACAUUAAAGGUAAAAGUCUAUAUGGGGACCGGUUGGAGCUUAGAUUUCAGCCAAACAGACUUCGAUACUUACUCACCACCCGACUUUUACGUUAAGGUUUGUAUUGUUGGAGUUCCAGCUGAUAUGGCCAAGAAGAAAACAUGUGUAAUUUCAAAUAACUGGUUUCCUGUCUGGGAUGAACAGUUUGAUUUCCCUUUGACUGUUCCAGAGCUGGCUUUGCUCCGCAUAGAAGUUCGAGAGAAUGACAAGAGUCAAAAGGAUGACUUUGGUGGACAGACGUGUUUGCCUGUCUCAGAGCUAAAAUCUGGAUUCCGAUCAGUCCCUCUGUAUGAUGAAAAGGGUGACAAAUUAAAGUCUGUGAAGCUUCUAAUGCGGUUUCAGUUUAGAUGAAUUAUAGGAUCAGCCAUAUAAUAAUCUUUAGUUGCUUGCAAUCGGGUAUUUCUGGCUUUACUAUGUUAUAUUUUCUGCACCAUCAACAUCAAUAUGAAACAGUAUUAAGAACUUCCAAUAUUGUCACAUGGCCUUUUUAGAUUACACUGAUAGCAUGCAACUUUUAAAGUUUA